ACCGCCCCCUGCAAGUCUGCAACAUCAAUAAGAUACCGUGUCGAUGGAAAAAUAAUAAAAAAAAAAUGGAGAAAUUAUCGAGUGUGGCAAAGGCUCUUGCACCAUCUCCAAUUCAAGAAUUAUCUUUCCUGGCGCAACGAUGUAACGCCAUCAACCUCGCCGAGGGAUUUCCCGAUUUCGUCGCUCCCGCCCACAUCAAAAACGCCGCCGUUUCAGCUAUCAAUUCCGACUUCAACCAGUACAGGCACGUUCAAGGGAUUUGUGAUUACGUGGCUCAAAAGAUGAAGGAGAUGCAUGGCAUGAGCAUUGAUCCUCUCACAGAUAUUGUGAUUUGCUGUGGGCAGUCUGAGGCCUUUGCUGCAGCUAUAUUUGCAAUUAUUGAUCACGGUGAUGAGGUUAUAGUCUUCGAUCCAUCGUAUGAAACUUACGACACUUGUAUUAGGCUUACUGGAGGAGUCCCUGUUUAUGUUGGCCUUGAUCCACCUUAUUGGACAUUGGAUCCAGAUAAACUGGAGAAGGCUUUCACCGACAAAACCAAGGCGGUAGUUUUGAACAGACCUCUCCUUUGGCAGCACAGCCCUCACAACCCGACAGGAAAAGUUUUCACCAAGGAUGAGCUAGAGGUCAUUUCUGAGGUGUGCACGAGACGGGAUGUCCUUGCUGUAACAGAUGAAGUAUAUGAGCAUAUAACUUAUGACAGUCGAAGUCACGUGUCACUUGCUUCACUUCCUGGAAUGCAGUCGCGCACAGUCAUCACAUCUUCCUUGUCGAAGACUUACAGUGUUACUGGGUGGAGAGUGGGAUGGGCGAUUGCUCCUCGUUGCAUUGCCUCGGCUAUCAGAAACAUUCAUAUCAGACUCACCGACUCUGCUCCAGCGCCUUUCCAGGAAGCCGCUUUAACCGCUUUGAGAAGCCCUCCUUCAUAUUUCGAAACAUUGAGAAGUGAUUAUGAGUCGAAAAGAGAUUGUAUCUUCGAGUUGCUGGUAAAGGUGGGGUUCAAGAUGUUGUUCAAGCCUCAGGGCUCGUUCUUCGUGUUUGCAGAGCUUCCUGAAACGUGUUCUCUAUCUGACGUUGAAUUUGUGGAGGAGCUGAUAAAGCAGGCAGGGGUUGUGGCAGUGCCAGGCGCGGGGUUUUUCCACGGCGAUGGGUGUUGCAGUCGGAGAUAUAUCAGAUUUGCGUUCUGCAAAAGUAACGAGACGCUAUCAGCAGCCGCAGCUAAGAUCAGCGAGCUUGCAGAGGGUGACGGCCGUCUCAAGAUAUUCGAGCAUGUAUUUGCGUUGUAGAUUUUGAGAUUUUCAAAUCAGUUUUUGUAUUAGAGAUUUUCAAUUUGUAUUGGAGGCUCUCCUUCCACUAAUACAUCAUGUAUUAGUUUGAUCUUA